CCGGCCCCUCCCCCGCCGCCCCGACCCUAUAACUACUAUUAUCCUUGCGAUCAGAAGAGAACUUUGUACAUGAUGAACUAUACGAUCGCUGAAGAGGGUAUUACCAAUCAUUCGGAUUAUUGUUCGAGACCGUUCUACGCACGAAGGGUACCGCACACAAAUUUAUUGUUGGUGGUGGUGGACGCAAUGUAUCCAACCUGCUACAAAAGAUUAGAGGUAACACCCGUGAACAUCUCGCCGCUUGAGUACACAAAUGGCACGGAAAGCGCGCCUUGCCAUAAAAUUCCAUUGAACGACCUUAAAAGAAGGCGCCUGGAAGGCUGUUUCACCGAGCAUCCCUUGGAAUACGAGAUAGAGGAUUGUGGCGGAGCAUCAGGACUGACCGUUUCUUUGCUGCCUAUCUCCAUUGUUGUUGCUAGGAUCUUAUGGACUUUUGGAUAACCGAGAAAAGAAUAUUCUAAUCUCACCGGUGUCGAUUUUCUUGCGAUUCUACUGCAGUGUUGAAUUCUAGUCAUGACAAUAAUGCAUUUCUUUAUGUCACUAAAGUAUAAAUAUGUUUUUGUAUUGAUUUCAUUAUUAAUAUUGCUUUUUAAAAAGAAUCCGAGAAGAUGAACAUGAAAGCAAGCAAUUAAAGUGUUGUUAAGCUGAAGCUGGUAAUUUUAUUGAAAGGCAAUAGCAAUAUAGAAUUUAUGACAACGAUUAACGAUAGAAGCUCGUCACUCUGGCGUUCUACGAGCUGAACUCGUUUUGUUUUUUUGCGAACCAAGGACAUUCAAGUUCAAAUCGAUCGACGUAGAAAAGAGAACAUAAAGUCUGAAGAAAUAUCCUUCCACCCAGGCGAGAUACGAUUUUCUGGCAGCGCGGCGUCGCGAAGUCUGUUGAUAGGCGCCAACCAUAUUACUGAUCCACGAAAACAUCGUCCAACUAUCACAGGAACCUCCUCACAUCCCCAAAGAGAACCAUCGAUAAAAAGAACCAGGAAAACCGGCUGACUUUUGGGAAACAAACAUUACUAUCAAUUCCAAGCGGACGCUUAUCUCUGUCUGGAUGCUCCGUUUCGUAUCGCGCACCGGCUGUUUCGGUUUUCGCGUCGAUCGAUAACCACGGACGUGUGUCCGUAGUCGAACGAUGCGCGUACUGCAUGGCGACGACGUCGACAACGACGACGACGACUAGCUCGACGACGACCACGACGACAACGGCCGGCCCGGACUAUCCUUAAUGUCAGACGCGAGCCUCCUCUCGGCCUCAGUUUUGUUUACCGUGUCCUCGCGUAAACAGCAGAGAGCCGGCCAAGAAGACGAGAGUUAUGAGGUCCCGUUUCAUACCUGUUAUCGUCAUCCUGAUCCUGAUCGAGGCACCCGACCCUGGUGACAGCAUAUCAUACAACACAGUGAAAGGAUGGGCGCACAAAUUGGGUUUCGAGCUGUCGCAGUUGGGGAAAUUCGUGACCAAUGUGGAGAAGUUCCGCGAAAGCUACAAACAAGCGGUGGUGAAGCCACGUGAUGGUAACGCUUUGGUCCACGAGAUUGCCAAGGACAUUAAAGCUAUGAUGGAGUCUAAGAUAUCAGCGAUCAAGAGAAUCAUGGACGUGGCAGAGACGUCAGCGUUAUCAGCUCCAGAUGUAGAUCCACCGAAAAAUUACAAUUUCACCAACGCGAAGAACAAAAUCGUCGAUCUCAAAUCCAGCACUCACUUCGGUGGCCAGGUGAACUUGAACAUGUCAGCUGUUCACGUUCCGACGAACGUGUACGAGAGAGCGUCAAACGUGGUCAGGGCGAUCAAAUGGUCCGAGGAGUUGGAUAAGACCUUCAUCAACAACUACGAACAAGAUCCUUCGCUAUCUUGGCAGUAUUUCGGUAGCGCGACAGGGUUUAUGAGACAAUAUCCUGCGACCAACUGGUUCAUGGAGCCGGUGGACCUUUUCGACUGUAGAACCAGAAGCUGGUACAUCGAAGCAGCCUCCAGUCCCAAGGACAUCUUGAUUCUGAUCGAUACGUCCGGUAGCAUGACUGGCAUACGCAGGGAAAUUGCGAGACACGUGGUGAACAAUAUUUUGGACACGCUGGGAAACAAUGAUUUCGUGAACAUCAUCACGUUCUCCAACGUUACUAAGGAGGUCGUGCCCUGUUUCAACGACACCCUGGUCCAAGCAAACUUGGCAAACGUAAGGGAACUAAAGCGUGCAAUCGCGAACCUGAACACCGAAAAAAUAGCGAACUUCUCGUUGGCCUUGACCACCGCCUUCGAGUUGCUCGAAUCGUAUCGAACCGAGAGGGAAGGAGCCAGAUGCAACCAAGCGAUAAUGCUGAUAACGGAUGGAGUUCCAUACAACUACAAAGACAUCUUCGAGACCUACAAUUGGAAAGAUAAUCCUAACGAACCUUUUAAAGCCGAUAUGCCUGUUAGAAUGUUCACUUACUUGAUCGGUAGAGAGGUUGCGGACGUCAGGGAGGUUCAAUGGAUGGCAUGUGCCAAUAGGGGUUACUUUGUGCAUCUUUGCACUUUGGCAGAGGUCAGAGAAGAGGUCCUGAAAUACGUUCCUGUGAUGGCAAGACCCUUAGUCCUCGGUCGUACCGACCACCCAACGAUUUGGACACCGGUUUACGCCGACAUAACCGAUCCGAAGAUGACCGAUUGGCUGUGGGAGCAGAGAGAGAGCGAGGAACAGAAAGAAAGAUUCCUAAGGCUUCAUAGACGGAAAAAGUUCUUCAAUUCGGAAGAACGCGACCGCAGGUUCGUGAAGAAGCAGAAGAAAUCGCACGAACAGGGACCCGAUUUUCAGGAGUACAAGCUGAUGACCUCGGUCAGCAUGCCGGUGUUCGACCGACGUGAAAACGCGAACAUCACAAGGCAGGUGCUGGUGAACGAAGCGUACUGGGUGACAGAGACAAGAGAGACAAGGAUCGCCGAUCUCCUCGGUGUCGCUGGGACGGACGUUCCUAUUGAAGAGAUACAAAAACUUAUGAUGCCGCAUUUGCUUGGCGUCAACGGAUAUGCAUUCAUUGUGACCAACAAUGGUUUCAUCCUGAUUCAUCCGGACCUCCGCCCAGUGUUCCAGGGUAUCCUAAAACCAGCGUACAACAGCGUCGACAUGGCGGAGGUUGAACUGAUGGAUCAGGAUAGAGGUCCAAGAGAGUUCGAUGAGGGAAUCAUUAUGCUGCGAAAUGAUGUGAUCAAUCAAGCGAACGGUAGCAUAACGCUGCACACGAAAUAUCAUUACGAUGAUAUGAAACGCGUGGGUAGAGUAAAGAGGAAGUACGACUACACGGGUAUACCAAACACACCUUUCACGGUGGUGGUCAGUCUGCCGGAACAUAACGGAAGUUAUCGGGUUCACGCGACCGAGGAAAUACACCGUGUCCACGUUACUGGCAAGAACGUGUCAGACUAUUUCAGUGGUACUAACUGGCUGGUACACCCUCAUUGGUUGUAUUGCAAAUACCACUACGAGGAUGAACGAUCGUUCAAUACCUCGGAAGCGCAAUUGUUGCACUUCCUGGAACGUACUCGUCAACCACGAUGGAAGUGGAAUGACAUGAAACAACCAUCCCAACCGCCAGAAUACUCAGCCACUAGUUCCGGCAAUGAUACUCAUCGUAAAGCAAAAUCUACCCCAUACAAAGUGGACAAAGACUCUUACUACUGCGACAGGGAUCUUCUCUUGAGUCUGGUAUUCGACGCAAAGGUAACCGAGUGGUUUGCGAACCCCAGCACUACGCGCGAAGAAAAAGCGAAAGAGUUCCAACAACGUUUCGGAGUUACGCUUGCGUUCAUGGCUACUCACAGUGGCCUCACCAGGUGGCAAGACUUCCUGCUGGACGAGAAGAGCACCAUACCAGACGAUCACUUCAGCAAAAUAUAUUCAAGAGCCAUCGAUGAAGUGUGGUACAAGCGUGCCGUGGAACAAUAUUAUGUUGAACCGGAGAGCUUUGUAUUUUCCGUGCCAAUCGAUGAAGAGGGUGCUGAUAAUACCACCUUGGUUACUGCCAGUCGUGCUAUCUUUAUCGAAACUCGAGAAACAAAGGCGCCAGCAGCAGUCGUAGGCUUCCAAUUCCAACACACAGCUCUUCAAGGACUUUUCCAAAACACAACUUUCAGCUGCGAGGGAUUCGGUAACUGCAAUGAAAAUUGCGGAGAAGAGAAGUGGGCUUGCUAUUUGAUCGACAACAACGGAUACGUAAUCGCGGCUGAAGACGAGUCGGACGCCGGAAAGUUCUUCGGCGAAUUGAGAGGACCCAUUAUGUCUAGCCUUGUGGAGGAAGGCGUUUUCGAGAAAAUCAGGAUAUUCGAUUAUCAAGCAGUCUGUUUCAAAAGUACACAGACCAGUAACGAUGGCAAUAUUUUGCUGAACCCAUUGCAAAACGCGCAGAAAAUGGUCUCGUGGCUCGUCAGCCAAGCAGUCUGGGCAUGGGCCAAAGCUGGAAUUUGGGACUCCGAGUACGCAGAGGCAUAUGCUUAUCCUAACGAGGAAGAAAAUAUGCACGAGGAGUACCAGGAGAACGAGGAUAACCCACCAGUCGAUGCGAAGGAUGAAAAGUUAUUCGAUCAGAAGGUGCUGAUCAACCGAACGCGACCAGAAGCUUGCGACAAAGAAGUGUAUCUCUACCUACGAAACACAUCUUUCAACUCCUACGACAUCGAAUUGGACGUGAACGACAAAUGCACGAGGCCGUAUAUCGUUCAUCCAGUUGAGUUCAGUAACAUGCUUCUUUUAGUCGUUAACGCCUACUGCAAAGACACCGUAUCACCUCCCCUAAGUGUCAUCCCGGAAGAAGUAAUCUAUGAGAACAACUCGCUGGUAUGCCAGAAAGCUCUCACCAGCUUGAAGAGAAAGAGACCUCAGUCGUGUAUUCGCAGCCACCCAAGGGAAAGCGAGAUCAAAGAUCUCUGCGGCUUGGCUUCGAACGUAGUACCGAACAUCUACCUCCUCGUUCUGUUAACGACCUGUACUUUAGUUAGACGAAUCAUCAAUUUCCAAUGAAACUUUUUUCUCGUUUCAAUGCAUCGAAAAUGAUCAGAGAUUUGGGUUCGGAUAGGAGGUAACGCGCUGAUGAUUUCCUUGGUGAAGCUUUUUCGAUAUUCAAUAUAUAAUGACUUACUAAGAGACUCGUAACAACGCGUUACUUUUGCCAAUUAAAGCUACUUACGAGAAGUACAACUCGAUAUGAUUGUUUGCGAAAUAAUUGAUGUUUGUUAUGGUUCUUUUUUUAAUAGUUAUUGUAAUUUCAAAAUGUUGUAACGUUCAUAGAGAUGUGGCGAUAGGGUUGGACAUUGACUAGGUCGCGAAAUUUGGGGAUUUGGGAAUUUUAAAAUUCCUAAUAUAUGCCUAAAGACAUAUUUUGGCGCCUCCUAGUUGUGCCGAUGGAGGUCAUUGAACUACUGGUCUCUAUCGACGUGUUUGGGCGACAAUGCAGGCAGGCUCUGCAUUUGCGGUUUCAGACCUCGAGAAUAUUACUAUGUCAGACAAGGAUUGAUCGGUUGUCUUGUUUAGAAUUCUUGAUAGAAUUUCAAAUCGGAUUAUGUGUCUGGGUACAUUGCCCUCCUUGAAUGCAUGACUCUUAAUGAUGGUUCAAGAUGUUACAAAGAUGUCCAUGAAUCGAUACUGAAGUAGUCCUAAAACAACCUUACUGCCUGAACACGAUACGGUGUUUACUCAAUACGCGUCCCUGCUCUAUCUCUUUUCUUUCCCUUUACGCGGAUCUGUCUAACUAUUGUUACUCUGCAAUCGUUAGAUAUUAAGUCUUAGCAACCACAGGAACUAGAAAUAUCGUUUUUGAUUGUCUUUCAAUGUUAUUCUGAGAACGAUGAGAUUUUGGAUACUUCAGGAUAUAUUGCUUUGCUUUGUGACCAGGGUCACGUAAGUGACUAUAAAAUCUAGUCUAAUAAUCAAAAUUUUAUAGAACAAAUAUUAUUACAGUGGAGUCUCGCUAUAUACGCUGGACGAGACAGUAGUAGCGAGAAUAAUUGUGGAAAGGACCAUAUAAAUGGAAUUGCUUUCGUGCUGGACUUAAUUGCCAAAUCUUUGCUGCCAGCGGUUUGCCGCGAAAAAUUGAAAAUUAUAAAUUUCGCUCUACAGGCCAUACAAAAUAGAGCCAUAUAACGAGGCUACAUUGUACUUGCUCUAUGAAUUGCAAGUCGACCAAUCUACGCGUAGGACGAACAUUUCAGUGGCCAGAAUGCAUAAAGCGCGUUUAAGAUCUAGGUUUGAAGAACGCUGCACAAACGAGGAAGUUAUGUAUUUCGUUUGUAGGUGGAAAAUGCACCUACAUUUCGUGAGAUAAUCUUUGGGCGGAAGUUGCGAGGAAAUGAUAAAAUCGCGUCUGACACGAACUUAAUUCGACAUGGCCACUGAUGUUAAUUUUUCGAGCGACGAAAUAUAGUUAGGAUCAUAUAAGAGGCUGCAUUAGAGAGCAGGGCCGUAUACGAAGAGGUCACCGGCACCGAUAACUAUUGAAACACAUUCACAUUUUGCGCUUUGUACAUUAACCGAUGUAAAACGUGUCGUUUGAUAUUUAUAGAAGAUUACGGAUAUUAAUUUUGUAUAUUAAUGUAUUAUAUAAGAGAGUUACAAGGAUGUGUGCCUUUGGACACGCGGUUAAAACAAAAAUAAUAAGGUCUUGUUGUAUGUUUUUCAAAUAAACAACUAAACUCUCUA